UGACUUCGACCAAAUGAUGAAAAAAGCAGCCAAUAAGAGCCCAGAAUAGACUUUUAAAAACUUUUUUAAAAAUCGUCUUAAUUGUAUACCUCAUGAGGCACAAUUAAUAAAUUCACAUAAUUCCCAUAGUAAUUCCCAUAGUUAUCACAUUUAUUUGCAUAGUCUUUGCACAUUUUUGUUGAUUUUACUAUUAUUCACAAUGCAACAAAAAGUGACACUACAUUUUGAAUAAUACUGUCUUUACAUGUAGUGAAAGUGUUAUUGUCUAUAAACAUAAAGAUCUUCCUCAUAACAACAACCACAAACCGUACCGAAAUCCUAAAAGCUUGUCAAGCGUAAUUACCCGCCAAGCCAUCGUGAACUUCCUUAACUGUCUUCUCACGAUCCGCCGCCUUCCUAUAAAUCACUAUUCGUUUUCACUGCAUUGUUUGUUUUAAACAGUGGAGACACGCAGCAAUGCGCACUAUCCAUGGCGACAUGCCUGAGCAUUGUAGCGUCGCAUGCCUAGCGUGGUUUUACCGCACGGGUGCGCCCCGGGUGUGGCUCACCCUUACCGUCUGUCUGCACAUUUGAUGAUUAAACAUGUGAUUAUGUUGUGUGAAAUAAAGACAUUAUACACACAAAGCAUUACAUAUAAUCGACAUGUUGGGACAGGUUUCGUACAGAUUUGGACAACAGACGGACAGGAAUCAUGACUAUUGUUACGUCAGUGACAGCAAGUGCAAGUUAGGGUGUAUUUUACAGAUUCACAGAUGACUGAUGGUGAUUUACGUUCAUCCCGAAAAACUAAACAAGUCGAGAGCUGUUCGUGUUUGGAUUAGUUUAAUAGUUUUCUUUUUAUUUGCAUAGAGGUGGCGUUGAUGGAUUAAUUCAGAAGGGACAAAGUAUCCCAUUACAGCCCCAUCAAUAUGUUGUUUUAGGGCCUAAAAAGACGUAAUUGCAAGGAAAAGUCAAACAAGACGUUCUGCAUAGCUGAAGGGUCUUUGAAGUGGUGUAAACUAAUCAUCUUUGACUUUGUGUCAACAAACAGGGUGAGAAAGACAUAGUGUGUCAGUUGGAGACUUGUAUUCUGUCAUUAAAGUCACAUGUAAUGUAUGACAAGAUAACAGAGGAAUGUGCUUGAGGUGUUCUCUCAACUCAUUUCCCCUUUUUUGACAUUUUUGAGAUGACUUUAAAACAAUAAGUCAACGUCAUGUAACAGGUGUACUACUGAUGGAGCCAUACUUGCACACGUGCGCAGUUGUGAAGUGUGCAUGUGUUAUGUCUUUGAUUUCGAAAUAUGUCAGUUGGUCAUUUAAUGCAUUGAUAUUAUUACAUGUUUGAGUCAUUUUUGUGCUUAAAUCCUCCGGGGGGGGGUCUAGGUUUGAAAGAUUUACACUGUAUAUGCAAGGUCGCCCUAAUGUUGCUUACAAGGGGUGUAAGGUCAUAUCAAUAUACCAUAAAAUUACAAAAUAUGCAUUCAAUUGCUGUGGCAAUGCUUUUUAUAUUUACUUUUUUUUUUUUUUACAUUUUUUAAAUAUGACGUAUUUAAACCCAUUGGUUGAGCUACCAGCACACCUGUGUUUAUGUUUUGGUUUAAUGUAUGUUUUGUUUUGUGCAUUGAGUUCUUACUGCUUUAGUGAGUUUUAAGAAGUUCUCUCUUAAAGGGGUAGUUCACCCAAAAAUGAUGACAAAAUUUUCACUUUUGGGUCAACCAUCACUUUAAAGUUUGUCUUUUUUUAUUUAAUUUUUAUCAAGCUUUUAUGCUUGUUUUAUCAUUAUUUUAACACACAAAAAGGACAAAGACAGACAAGAAGCCUUAAAACAGCAUGUAAAAAAGAGGGGGAGGAAAAAUCAUUUUUUAUUAUUUUUCUGUUUUCAUUACUUUACAUACAGAAGUUGUAUGUACAACUAAGAAAAUAUUGCAUUUUUAUAACGUUUUGUAAAUUAAUCUGUAAUUUAAAAUUCAGUUUCACUUUUUAAAACUGUGUUAGAAAUAUUGUGAUACUAUCAUAUCAUGAUCCCAGUGUUGUGUAUUUCGCUUUACGAAUUGCUAUGCCCUUAUUGUUUACACUGUUUACAUUGAUAUUUAUUUUUUAUGUGCUGUGUCAUGUGUAUUUUAAAUUUCAAAGUGUUUGCCUUUUUUUAAGUCCUGUGGUGGGAAAACCAAAUGUGUUAAAAGAUAUGGACAUGACAGAAAGUAUAAAUAUUGGAACAGAAAGUACAAAUAUUGAUACAACAAAAGUGCAAAUAUUGAUUUGAUGAUUUGAAGCAGAAAAUGCUUGUGCGCGUGCAUGCGUGUGUGUGUGUGUAAAUAUUUAUGUUUUGUAAAAAACAUGUGAAAUCAGGUGUAUGUAAUUGUAUUGCAAUAUGUAAUGACUCAAUUUUCCUUAAAUAACACCAAUCAUCCAUAUUUCUCGACAGGGGGCCUGGGGCCCACUAGGGGUCCUCAAGAAAUAAAACAAACAUAAAAAUAAGCUAAGAUGUUAUACAAUGAAUCAUUUCUAAGCAUUUGAUUUUUUACAUAACAAACAUGCAUCUUUCUAGCUAAGCUAAGGUCUAGAAUAUUUUAUAGUGAUGAAAUUAGAAAGGGGGGCUUUGAACAUUCAGGGGGGCCUUGAAGGCAAAAUCGUUAAGAUCCACUUAUCUCGUUGUAAAUUUUUAUUUCUAGCACUGACGAUUUCCUUGUCCAUGCAGACUAAGUUGUUUACUCCGUCAGGCCACCUCGUAGAUUUACUGUUGGACAGGCAGGCGCGUGCACGCCAUCGUUUACCUGCAAUUACAUUCCCUACCUUUUAAGGAGACGUGUCAUUAGACCACAUGUUUUGUCAUGGACCUCAACGCCGGGGGCCAGAACGAGUCGGGCGGCAUUCCCUGUCCCGUGACUACCAGAUGCGUCGACACCCCCAGAACCAGAUGUGCGAGGGUGUAUCCCGGCACAGCCAGAUGGACUCUCGCCCGGCCGCAGAGCGUGACUCUCAUCUGAGGGGAAAUCACCUGAGCAGGGACGGUAAAAAAGAUAAAGGGGGCGGGAAAAGCCAAGGGCGUGUGGGUAAGUAGCUUUUGUUUUGUUUUCUGAUGAACUUUCACUGAGCUUGUGAACUGAUCAAAGAUUUGUCAAAGGCUGUCGUCAUUGUUUGCUCAACUGUGCGUUGCAUAAGUUCGUGCAUGCGUGUUUUAGAAAAUAUUGUUGAAAUCUGGAGUCUUGUGGCUUUAAAGCUUACAACAUUUAAUGUAAACAACCAAGACAAGUAGGUUUUAAAUCCUUGUUAUAAUACAAUAAAUGGUAUUAGGUACAAGCAAACUGCGCAAAUUCCUUUUGUGCGCCGCCGCAGUGACUUUGUAAGGCUGUUUGUAUUGUGUAAGUAUGCCCUAAGGACUGUGUUCUCUACCUGAAGACAAGUCCACGGAAAAACCAUUAUUUAAAAAAAUGCUAUUGAAGCCAACGGUGAAUCUAAUCUACACAUGUGCCUACAACAAUACAUACAAACCUCAUGUACGGAGCAAACACAUGCUCGCACAUGCCAUAAAACUCCAAGUUAGACUUUGACCCCGAGUCUUUGUGUUUAUCUACGGCCCUGUCUAAGUGUGAUUGUGACUGUAAUCCGGGAUCAGUAAGCACAAAAGCAUUGCCAGAACUCGUGACACAGCCUUCUGGCUUUGGUGCAUGACAGACUUUUCAGUGUCAGGACCCCGGCGGACCCCUGAUGUAGGCCUACCGACCGUCCCAUUUAGGGCCUGGGAAAGACAAUCAUGAUAGUGUGUCUGCGACGUCUUUAACAGCCACGUCUACAGAAGCGGACCACAUGGAUGGACUGAAGGAUCCAAAAGGGUCCCUCAGGGACCUGAACGAGAGGUUGAAAGGUUUCGUGGAGCACGUGCGUCUGUUGGAACAGGUGAACCGCAGACUGGAGGAGCAGAUUGUGGAAUGGGGGAAGAGAAACGUUGCUCCGUCACAGGACCGGUGCGGCAAGGAGGCGCUGGCACGGGAACUUCGAGCUCAGGUUAGCAGGAUGCUGAUGGAAAACGCAGAGGUUUUGUUGCAAUCCGACGCUGUGAAAACCGAGGCCUCGCAUUUACAGAACAGGUGUGAAACAGAGGAGAAAUUUCGUCGCGUGACAGAACAGCAGGUGUCACAGCUGAAACUGAAGAAGAAGGAGGUGGAGAUGACCAACAAACUUCUAGAGAAGCAGCUGUCGCAAUCCGAAAAGGAGUUCCAGGAACUUAUAAAAGAACAAGAGAAGGAGCUGGAUCAGCACCAGAGACGGGCAGUACUGGAGUCUGAUCGAGUGCUAGCGCAGGUUGCUGCAGGAGAGAAUGGCAGAGGAAUGGAUCUCUCCCGGACCAGCACCCGGUGCGACCACUCCAGCCCCGCUCAGAGCAGCCCUGACUCAAAUCCAGCCCCAGGAUCCGGCCCGGCAACACAGACGAGGCCCCGCAAGGAUGCAAACGGCCCCAUGGCGCCGUUUCCUCUACAGGUGAGAGCAGGUGACGGGGUCCUGAAGGAAGCCCGAGCCGAGCUCACGGAGGCCAAGAAGCGAUGGCACCGUCUGCAGGUGGAGAUCGAAUCGUUACACGCCUUGGAGAGAAGUCUCCAAAGCUCCUUACGUCACACUCAGCAGCAGUACUCCACACAGCUCAAGGAUCUCUCACGCUCCGUGGGGAGUCUGGAAUCGGAGUUGGAAACGGUACGGGACGGUUUGGAGGUCCAGCGGCAGAACCACAGCCAGCUCCUGAACACCAAGAUGAGGCUGGAGAGAGAGAUCGCCACCUACAGGAAGCUCCUGGAGCACGAGGAGGGCAGGUUUUUAAGUUCAGAUGGUCUGAAACUGAAGCCGUGGAAGGGGUCUGUUUCCGCUCUGGAGCAGAACGGUCUGCCCAACGGAUGUGACGAAGAAAUCGCUCAGACUGUUUCCACAGAGGAGAAAACUCCAAAAAAAGGUGCAGGCCUACGUCGCCAGAAGAGCCUUGUUAUUUUGACAGAUUCAGGUGGAAACAAUGACGGCGAGAUCUGCACUGUAAAAACUCAGGAGAUUCUAGAAGGAAACGUUGUCAGAGAAAGUGCCGAGGGUCACGGAAACGUAGAGACAGAAAAGAUCGACAAAGUAAUCCGGCAAUGGGAGGGGUCUUUCUUUCAAGGAAAUCCCAAACUGAGAAAGAAAUCCGUGUCUUUGCGUUUCGACCUCCACAUGGCCGUGGCGGACGAGGGGUGUGGCCAGACGAAACGGGACAGUCUUCCCAACGUGGAGGUCCGUCUGGUCAUGAAACGGUCCCGCAGCAUCCCCACAUUCGCUCAGUGAUGCUGUGACAUCACAGUGCUGUUACAUAGUCAUGGCUGUCAACCGUGAAAGAAAGAUGAUGCCACAUGUGACAUCACAGAACCUUUGCUACAUGAGAGAAAAAAGCAUCACAUUGUCACUUAAAACCCAAAUACAAAACAAAUUGCUGCACAUAGCUGCCAAGUUAAUCUGUAAUUCAUUGAGUUAUGAAUUAUUUGACGCAUUUGGAUUGAGAUUACUUAGAGAGUAUAAACUAUAGUUUAGAAAAUGUUUUGAGAAUGUAAAUGCAUAGGCCGAUGUCGAGCACUGAAAAGUGUUGAAUGUGGAAACGGAUAAGAAGUUCACCUUCAGUGCAGCCUAAUGCAAGAUGUCUUUUUCUUCAUUUGACAAAUGCUACUGGAAAUCAUUUAACACCUCGCUGAACGCAAAUUUGUCUAGAUCUGGUUCUGUGAGAACCAAGACGAAACGUUGCGAAAUUGCAAGUGAAGCAAAACUUGGCAGCCAAAACAGAAGAUUUAUGAUGGCAGUGUUUACUGUACGCACGAUAUUGCCUGCAAUGACGUUUACAAAAUUAGUCACGGCAAAAGCUGACGGUCUAGAUGCUCAGAAAGAGAAGAUGAAACAUCAUUUGAACACAUGAAUAACCUCUGUAUUCACACACGCUAUUACAGAUGAUUUAUGCUUUAUUUAAAGUGCAAAUACUGUGUCUUCCAAUGUAAAAUUAUGCAGGAUUAUUAUUAAGCAAACCUGAAAUUUCGAUAUUUAAAAAAUGGGUAAGAUUAAAAAUGGCAUUUUUGAUCUGCAUAUGUUAUUCUUUAAAUGGACUGAUUUAUGAAUCUGCUGUGUUCUACCUCUGAAAACAAUAUUGUAAAUAAAUGGGGAUCUUUAUGAUGCAACAAUAAAAUAGAUAGACAGUUAAUUUAAAGUUAUAUUCAAUCUGAUCUGAUCUGAUCAUUUAAGUUGGUAUCAGCUCCUGUACAUAUUGGCUCUUUAUUUUCAUAUGCACAUUAUCAUCUCCUAAAAAAAGAAUUGUGACUUUAAAAUGCCAAAAAAAGAUAUAUAUAUAUAAUAUAUUCAUUGGGUAAAAAUAGGACGACGAAAUCUUAUCCUGCCCGUCUCACGUGCACUUUAUUAGAUCUUCAGCAACACACUUCCUUUGAUAUCUUGUUGGUUUAGGGCAUUCAACGUUUCCUUUUCACUGCAACAAAGGCUUAGAUGACAUUGUUGAUUUGUUUUUGUUACACAUGUUUUUUAAGCUGUAUUAGCUCUGCCCUGCUUAAUGAUUUGGCUUAUAUUGUAUGACAGGUGCUAAUAAAGCUAUUCUUGUUUCUGAA